AUGGCCUCAACUCUUCCUCCGUUGUCUCUGGAGAUAACCAUGGUCUCCGCCAUGGACCUCAAGGCCGAUGAUGUCUACGUCGUCUCUCUCUCCGGCGACAAGAGUAACCAAGAGCAGCACAUCCCAAUCCACAAGGACGGCAGCAUAAACCGCACUUUCGUCGUCACCAUGGACCAGGCCGCAGCUCCCGCCAGCUGCCUCAACUUCGAGAUCGAGAAUGCCAAGCGCACCAAGCACGUCGGCAAGGUCGAUGCGCCGGUCAAGGAGCUGCUCGAGGUGGGCGGCAUUGGCGACGAGAAGCCGAAGGUGUUGAGCCGCGAAGUGAGGUGGUCAUCCGGGGAGACUCAGGGCCUUCUCAAAUUUUCUUACAAGUUCAAGCUUACCGUCGCAGCGCCCUCGCCAGCGAUGAACGUGGACGGGACAGUCGUGAGUUAUCCACCUGCACCGGCCCCGCCUGCCGCGUACCCGCCCGCUAUGCCCAGGGCAGCGCGGAACCCUCAGACAGCAUGUCUGCCGAACUUUGCGCCCACCUUUGGUUAUGGGCCGCCGGCACACGUGCAUCCCCCGGCAGUACAGGGGUACCCAGGCCCACGACCUCCUGCCACCUACCAAACACCACCGCCCUGGGCAGCGCAGCACAUUCAGCCCGCAGGUCAGGUGAACGCCCUGGUCGCAUAUGGUUAUGGGCCGCUGGCACACGCGCAUCCCCCGGCAGGACACGGCUACCCAGCCCUACCACCACCUGCUGCGUACCCCCCACCACCGCCCCGAGCAGUGCAAUACACUCAGCGCGCGGAUCCGGCGAACGCCGUGCUCGCAUAUGGUUAUCCGCCGCCGGCGUACGCACAUCCCCCGGCAGGACACGGGUAUGCAGCCCCAAGGCCGCGUGCCGGCAGGAACUUCGUGCAGAGGGUGAUGAGCGGGGCCGCUGUAGAGGCGUUGUCGAAUAUGCUGGGAUCGGCUGAUGACCCCGGAUCCGAUGACGGUUUUUUUCUUCCGAUGUCUGGUCUUGAGUGA